UCUUAUUUUUAAUUUAGACUAAUGAAAACAAAUAAACCAUAGACCUCACGACCCUUCAGGGAUUCACUUGAGUGAUAUUAAUCACUAGGAAAAUUCACACGGAAUAAUCGUACCCUCUCUGACUGAGUGAAGUAAUCAGCACCAACUCCCAAAGGUUGAGAUAGAGAAGGCAGAAAUUUUAAAGCAGGUAAAGGACGAAACGCAUAACAAAAAACCUUUGAUAGCUAAUUGAAUAAAUCAAUGUAGAUAACAGAUUAGGUUUCAAGUAUUCUAUUAUGAUAAGGCAUGACAUCAUUGCGGAAUCUGCCAAUCGAGAGGAAUAACAUUAUUCAGAGAAAAGGGAGAGAAACCUAGCUAUUAAAUAUUCUAUUUUUUUAUUCUGGAUAUUCUGAACUGUAAAUGGAUAACAGCUUCAAGAUUGAGUAUAUGAAUAGAGUAAUAAGUCGGAAAAAUUAGCUCAUUUAAAGAGACAGCAUGCAUUGAAAGAAUGAUUUCAGGAUAAUAAUCAGCCAAGAAAAACCUGAACUUCCUGAAGAUAAGGGAAUGAAUAAAAUCCUAGUUAAUGCCUGAUUUAAAUUCGGACAAAUUAUAUCUCGCAAUGUUCAACCUAAUGCAUAG